AUGCAGUCAAAUCGCAAAACAAGACAUCUGUGCAAGACAUCGCGGUAAUCUUUUUAGAAAGUGUUGCGAAUCUUGUUACUUUCCAGUGUGUGAUUUUUGGUACGUGAAUCUAAUCACACAAGGAGCUUAUAACAAAAAUCGGCAACAUCACGGAAGAACCAUGCACACUGUGAAAAAUGAGGCUUUCUUCUACAGACCCUUUCUCUUGACAACAAUCAAAGAUGAUAUAAAAAACUGCCAAACAGAAUUCUCCUUCUAUCAAUCAAAGAUGUUAAAAAAGGCCCACAGACUGCAGUUUAGCAUUGACAAUGCGCUAUAUGAUCUAUUAAACUAUGUGUUUUGUGACCUUGAUUUCAAACAUAGAUGUUUAAAACAGAAGACAGAAAUGAUUACAUACAUUUCAAGUCUACAAAGAUACGAACGGAGAUAUGAACAGUCAUCAAACAGUCCGUUGCAAUUCCUUUCAUCCUUAAAGAAAGACAUUCCACCCCCGAUAAAUAUUACACUCCAUACCAGCCAAUUCUACAUGACUGAGUCACUCAACAAAGAGCAUGUGAUGUGGUCACUAAGUGAAAUCCAAAUCACAGAGAGAGGAAACCGUCGCACUGGAAACCAGUAUUUGUUAAAACUAAUGCCUGAAGCUGAGUUCCAUCAUUCUAUCAUAGUGACAGGUGUUGAUGGUUGUUUUCACAUUUCCUGUGAGACAUCAGACCGGGUCUGGGUCAGUGAUAGACAACAUAAUCUCAUCUUGGCAAACACAUCUGGUGACACUCUACAUCGUGUGGAGGAUCCACGUGGUGAUUUAUAUGGAUUACACACAGUGAACAAUGAGAGUGAACUGAUUUAUAUAGAUGAGGAUUAUAACAUCAACAAACUGUCAAAGGAUAUGAAAACAACCACCACAUUUAUAGAGAAAACAUACUCUACAUGGGAACCAAAGUGUUUGUAUUUGUCCUCGUCCACUGGGGAUCUACUGGUCGGGAUGUACAUGCAUAAACUAUGGACAGGCAAGGUAUCCCGAUACAACAAGAAUGGACAAUUAAAACAAACCAUACAACACAGCAAUACAGGAAAGGAACUGUAUGGUAAACCUAACUAUAUAACAGUGAACAACAAUGAGGAUGUCGUGGUGUCUGAGCAUUUGUAUGACUUUGAUAAUGUGUCUGACUAUAAAGAUUUUAGGUCUGGUGCUGUAGUGGUGACAGAUCGAGAAGGAAGACAUCGUUUCUCGUACACAGAACAUCCAUCAGGAUCAGUACUAAAGCCAUGUGGAAUAUGUACUGACGCGCUGUCACACAUCCUAGUGUGUGAUGGUGCAACCAAUACAGUACAGAUGUUGGACAAGGACGGUCAGUUCCUGUCACAUCUUCUGAUAAGACCAUCAGGGAUAUUCUCACCAUGCAGCCUGAGUUAUGAUGUCAACACUCACCGUCUCUGGGUCGGAUCAGGGAACAACACGGUGGUUAUAUACAGGUAUAUCACCAGACAUGACGCUCUGACAGACCUGAAUUCAGGCACAUCCGAUGUUAUGGAGGCAUUGAGGGAAAUCCAAACCACAGGGACAGAAAUACCACACCAAGGAAACCAGUGUCUGCUGAAACUGAUGUCUCCCCCCAAGUUACUUUCCUCUCUCACAAUGACAGGUGUUUAUCGUUGUUACCAUAUUUCCUGUGUGACAUCAGACCGGGUCUGGGUUAGUGAUGGAAGAAACAAUCUCAUCUUGACAAGUACAACAGGUGUCCUUCUACAUCGUGUGGAGGAUAUAUGUAGAGUUUUAUAUGGAGGAUUUCACACAGUGAACAGUGAGAGUGAACUGUUUUAUAUAGAUAGGAAUUAUAACAUCAAUAAACUGUCAAAGGAUAUGAAAACAACUACCACAUUUAUAGAGAGAACAUACUCUACAUGGAGACCAUGGUGUGUGUACUGGUCCCCGUCCACCGGGGAUCUUCUGGUCGGGGUGAAUAUAUAUACUAGAAGGACACACAAGGCUAAGGUAACCCGUUACAACCAGAGCGGACAACUGACACAAACCAUACAGAAAGACAACACAGGACUCGAACUGUAUACAGAACCUGUCUAUAUAACCGAGAACAACAAUGGGGAUGUCGUGGUGUCUGAGUUUGAUGCUGUAGUGGUGACAGAGCGCGGAGGAAGACACCGUUUCUCCUACACAGGACACCCAUCAGGAUCAGAACUACGGCCGUUUGGAAUCUGUACUGACGCGUUGUCACACAUCCUGAUGUGUGAUGAUACAACCAAAACAGUACAGAUGUUGGACAGGGACGGUCAGUUCCUAUCACAUCUACCAGUAAGACCAGCGAGGGAAUUCGUUGCUCGCGGCCUAAGCUAUGAUGUCAACGCUCACCGUCUCUGGGUCGGAUCAUACAACAACAAGCUGUGUGUCUAUAGGUGUAUAGACCGCGAGGACGCUACGACAGAUAAGGACAUACACUUCCCUGAUGAAGAUGCUUUUAUCAGCUCAACAUCAGCCGUAGAAUAGAGAUAACUUGGAUAUUGACAG